AUGGCUUUGCAAAAUAUUGGUGCCGGAAACAAAGAUGAUGCCUUUUACAGGUAUAAGAUGCCUAAAAUGAUAACAAAAAUUGAGGGUCGUGGAAAUGGCAUCAAGACCAAUUUGGUCAACAUGGUUGACAUUGCAAAGGCCCUGGGGAGGCCUGCUGCUUACACAACAAAGUAUUUUGGCAAUGAACUCGGAGCUCAAUCCAAGUUUGAUGAGAAAACUGGUACUUCACAUGUGAAUGGAGCUCAUGACACUUCAAAACUUGCUGCACUUCUUGAGAACUUCAUCAAGAAGUAUGUCCAGUGUUAUGGUUGUGGGAAUCCUGAAACUGAAAUCAUCAUAUCAAAAUCACAAAUGAUCAAUCUCAAAUGUGCUGCCUGUGGUUUCAUUUCAGACGUUGACAUGAGGGACAAGCUCACAACAUUCAUUCUUAAGAACCCUCCCGAGGCAAAGAAAGGAUCAAAGGACAAAAAGGCGAUGAGGAGGGCUGAGAAGGAGCGGCUUAAGGAAGGAGAAGCAGUUGAUGAGGAGCAGAAGAAACUUAAGAAAGAUGCUACCAAGAAGAAAGGUGUUUCUGGAGGUUCAAAGGAUGUUUCCACCAAAGCACCUAGCAAGAAGAAAGCCAAUGUUUCUGAUGAGCAGCAUUCUCCGACAGGUAGCCAGGCUGAUGACAAUGAUGUGGAGGCUGGUGAGGACUCUGACGAUGACGUCCAGUGGCAGACUGACACAUCUGCUGAAGCUGCUCGACAAAGUAUUCUAGAGCAGCUGAAUUCUGUCACGGCUAGCAUGGUUAUGAUCUCAACCAACGAUGAGAAGCCAAAAUCAGGUAAAAACUCCCCAGCACGUGGAGAAAAACCCAAGAUUAACGGGAACACGGUUAAAUCUACUAAUGCUCAUGCAGAACUUGUUGAGGAAAUCAGGGAAUUUUUAGAUAAAGGUUCCUCUGCAUCCCAACUCAAGGCUUUCUUGGGUUCUCUAUCUGGCACUGAUCAAGAGGUUGUUGAUGCCUUGUUCGAAGCCUUGUUUAAUGGAUUGGGUAAAGGAUUCUAUAAAGAGGUUGUUAAGAAAAUGAAGUACAUUGCAGCUGCAGCUCAGGGAGAGGACACACAACCAAUUCUACUUCAUGCUAUCGAGUCUUUCUGUGGAGGAGCAAGCGCUGAGGCAGUGAAGGAGGUGGCAUUGGUUGUGAAAGAGUUGUAUGAUGAUGAUAUGUUGGAAGAAGUGUACAUCGUGGAGUGGUAUGAGAAGGGCUUGACUGGUAGCAAUAAGGCUUCCCCUAUCUGGAAGAAUGUCAAGCCAUUCGUGGAGUGGCUACAGAGUGCUGAGUCUGAAACCGAAGAUGAAUGA